CCAACACGCCCUAACACAAAGGUCACUAUCGUCAAACCUUCUCUCCCGUUUCCUUCACGGGUUAGAAAUGAUGACGAUAGCAGGAAGUACAACAAAUUUCUGGACCUACUCAAACAACUCCACGUCAACCUGCCGCUGAUGGAUGCCCUAGCGGAGAUGCCCAAAUAUGCCAAGUUUUUCAAAGACUUGCUGACAAACAAGAGGCAGCUGCAGGAACUCUCAGUCGUGGACUUGAACGCAGAAUGCUCGGCCGUGGUUCUAAGGUCAAUACCCGAAAAGCUAAAGGAUCCAGGAUCCCGUUCUAUUUCAAUCACAGAAGAAGAUGCUUGAUUUUGAACAUUAGAAGAUUCUUCAUGCUCAUUCGAAAUCGGGUUCUCAGUUUGUACACUUGUAGUUGGAGCAGUGGAGAUCACGCGAGAGGCAUCUAGAGAAGACUUGCUGCUUUCUUCCUCUUAGCCGAUCCUCCAGAUCUGCUUGGCCGCCUUCUCCCAUAGCCGACCCCCCAGAUCUGCUUGGCCGCCCAAAUCUUCCUCCACCUCCGUCGCCUAGUCCUCUCUACACUUUUGCCGCUCUGUUCGCCGGUUCUACCGCCCUCCCGCGCUGCCGCUUGUCUUCGCCCAUUUCCAAUCACCAUUACGGAGUGAUUUGAGAUGACAACCCCCAACAUAGAUAUGAAACAAAUGUGUCUGUGUUGUGAUGGUUGCACCGGAGAUCUGCAGCGGCCAUGGCGGAUCGGAAGAGUUGAUAUGAUGACAAAGAAGUUGGCAAAUUAUGGCGGCAGCAGUGGGGAAUGUGAUGGUAGCGGCAGAGGUGGCGGCCGGUGGUUGAAGAGCCUCCAGUGACAGAGACAGUGGCGGUGGCGGCGUCUGGUAUUAGAAGAGCUGGCGACGGUGGCUGGUGGUGGAAGAGCCGGCAGCGGAUGUUGAUGAUGAGGUGACUCGCGGCGACAAGCGUCGGUCUCAUCGUGGCCUCCUGGGCCUUGGGCUGCGUUCUGUUGUUACCGUUAUGCAUUGUUUCAAAAUGUUACUCCGUAUUUUGUUUUAGUUUAGUACUAAUGAAAUCAGCUCUUUCAUUAAGGGUAAAUAUGUCAACUCCUCUCUUUUUGCUCCUACGGAACAAGUGAGUCCUACUUAUGCACUUUUCUUUUAUU